CAUUCGGCCCGAACAGCUCGCUUCGUGCUCAGCUCCUUGACGACGAUGACUCUCCGACAUAUCCAGCAUUCUUCUAUUGACGACACGGAGCGUCUCAGAAGAGACCAAUAUGCAGGUCGCAGAGGUUCUCUCGGACCUUAGCACUCUCUAUCUGGCUGAUCCGAAAGCGGCAGCGGCUCUCAUCAGGUAUGGCAACACCAAUGUUUCGUCAUCUCAAGGUCGCGACAACGAUCCAGACCUGAAGCGAGCUCGCGACCUUCUCGAGCUCCACGCUGAGGUAAAGGUGGCGCACCAGCAUGGCAACGAUCGAGAACUUUCAGAGGCUCGUCAAGCUGUGGAUCGCAUUAUGAACGAGCUGAAGUGACGCAUUCCGCCUUGCAAAUCUCAAAGUGACCGGCAUCGGCUCUUCCUGCGAGACUACAGCCCGGCGGCGACGUACGCUUUAAUUUGCUCCGGGCGUCGAGCGUUUGUAUGUGUCAGCAGCCGCCGGAAGGCACUUGUCAAA